UCAGAGUUCAGAGUUAGCAAAUUUUAUGAGUAAGAGCAAAAUGAGAAAGCUCCGAGCAUGCGCAACCAAUCAUGAUGGCGACGUGGCGGGAAAUUUAAAAUCCAUUCAAUCAAAGAUUCAGUCUAAAAAUUAGUGCUGGAAAAACAAAAUAUUUUGGAUAAUCGAUAAAGUACGUUAUUAAAAGGAGAUCUAAAGAUAUGUCAGAUUUCAAACAUGGAUAACGACCUUCUUUGUAAUUUUAGAAAAUGUAGGAAACGCCUAAGCUCUUUCUCUUGGGUUACUUCUUGUUCGCAUAUAUUUUGUGAUGAGGAUGGUACUAGAGAGUUCAACAAAGCGUAUGUUUGCCCUGCUUGUGAGACGAAUUUGUCAGGGAAGUUUGAUAUCGUUCGAAUCGAUCUUCACCCAACAGAGCAAUACAAAUCGAUGAUUCUUGCAGGACAACGACCCGAGACAAUAAUGGAGAUUUGUUCCAGAGCUUUAUCAUUUUGGACAUACCAGGCGCAUCAAGAACGCACGUACCAAGAAUAUGUUUCAAGUAAAUCAAAAGAGAAAAAUAUUCAAUUGGAAAAUUAUUACGAACAAUUGAUUGCAAAAUCACAGCAAGAAAUAUCUUCAUUAAAGUCUGAAAUUUCAAAUAAAGUAAAAGAACUGGACGAGACGAGGAAGCGAUUACACGAAGCUUCUGAGAAAUUGCAAGAAAGAAGUCGACAACAUCAAAAACUUCAGGUUAUGUAUGAUACUUUGAGAAGGAAAUCCAUCAAUCACUCUGUAUUCAACUAUGGCGAAGGUUCACUCACUGCUGAUGUCGGGCGAAGAAGAAGUGCCUUUGAUUUGACAUUAGGAACUGCGGCAGAUAUAUUAUCGCGAAAUAGCCAUUCUAACAGUCUGGUUGAUCUAAGCCGUAUUCCUGGGAAUAAUAACGCAUUGGUAAAUUUACCUGAAAAAGAGUUUGUUUGGAAGCCAACGUCUACAGUGGAGGAUCAAUGUGAGGUACACACCCCCCUGCACAUUGAAGCACAAUCUCUGCACAAUCAGGCUCAUUUGGAAAUUCCGGGAUCAGGAAUAAAGCGACGUCUUGGAAUCAAGAAGAUGUGAAAUUGUAUGAGUUAUAUUUAUACAAGGGUUCAAAAUUGAUUUCCGCCACGCACACGAGACUUAAUAUAUAUAUAGAAAGAUUUUAGAAUACGUUUGCAAUAAAAAACUUUCUUAUAUAUCGAGUUACAACAUAGGCAAAUACUCUAGUAGUAUUCAAGUAUACAAUAAACCUUGGAACUCUUUUAGGUCCAAAGUUAUAU